AUUGACGCAAGGUUCACAGCAGAGACGCACGGAGGACCUUGAACACAUGAAAAUAAAACUACAACCACACAUGUGACUGUGGACAUCUAAAGUACUUUACAAGAAAUGGCUAAACGUAUAAUAUAUCCCUUGUACCAGUUGGGUAACCCUCAGCUGAGAAUAUUCCGGCCCACCUUCUCUCUGACCCUGGUCAGACCAGGAAAAGAACAGCCGCCUGAUACAGUACAGUUUCGCAUUCCUUUAGAAAUGACCAAAUUUGAUGUGAGAAACUAUCUAGAGAAUAUCUACAGUGUUCCUGUUGCAGCCAUACGCACAAGGAUCCAAUACUGUACAAACAAGAAAAGAAACCACUUAAACCAGCGGGUGAAGAGGCCAGAUUACAAAAUGGCAUACAUUCAACUGGCUCAACAGCAGACUUUCAAGUUCCCAGAUAUCUUUCCAGAGAAAGACAAGAAGCACGAGGAAGGCUCUGUUGAGGAGAUGCAGGAGAAGUUCAUGGAGGACGAGCGUCAGAGGCAGAAACCAGAUCCCAGAAGAGGUGGAGUCACCGAGUGGUUUGGCCUAUAGACAGACAAGCAUUGCAUGAAGAAUUACUUCAGAGACGCAACAGCUGAAUAAAAAAUGUGGUGUAUUUUAGAUUAUGUAUUUGUGCAGGAAGAGCCAUUUACAGUGAUCUGACUGGUGUCCGUAGAGGGCCGUUUUAGUGAUCUGAUCUGACUCAAUGGAAAGUGAGACUGCCGUAGAGAAGGCUUGGAAACCCAUAGCUCCCCCAGAACCAUAUACCUUGUCAAAGAGAUUUAAUGCCUACAUUGCAGAUGAUCACUCCAGAACUAUGUUUAAAGUCUUUCAGGUGAUGUUCUCUUCCCACAGGUCUUCAAAGCUUGCUUGAACAAACGUCUUUGCAGAGGUCUUGCAGCACACUGGAUUCCUUUAGUUUAAAGUCCAUCCCACAUGUAUUCCCUAUCCCCUUGUGGAUGUUCAAGACCAUUCAUGAACUACUUGCGUUAAAACAACAAACUGAUGAAGUAGCUACAUUCUCUGUAAGAAAUCAUGUUAAAUCAAAUCCUGUUACCGGUGUUCCUCAUGCUCUUGUGUAAACCUGCAUACUUCAUUUUCCAAUAAAACUACAACGUGACAUGUUUUUCUGUUUUCCUA